AUGAUCGACUCGAAAUCGUGGAUCAAUAGGUUUUCACACUCCAUCAAGAUCUAUCUCUCAAGACAUAUCUCCAUCCAGUACUUAAAGCUAUCGGCAUUCCUUGUCGCAUUAUUCUCAUGCCUAUCAUGUGGUUCAAUAUUGUUGUUUUCGCUCUAUUCUGUCUCGAUUCAUGAGAUGAUAGGUAUGAGCUACCUUCAGAUCAACUUCAUUGCUUCUUUAUCGGCCAUUGGAAUGUACUUGUGCCUCCCAGUGUUGGGGUACUUGAGUGAUUGCUACGGCCCCAGCUUGUUAGCCAUGCUUUCUAUUUGGUUGUUCGUCCCAAGCUACUUUUUCUGCUCAAGAAUCGUCAGGCUGGCCACUGCUAACAUUAUAAACAACGGUAAGCUCGAACAUGGCGAAGACAAUAGGGCUUACUUGUACGCUUUUGGUGUUUGCUUCUUCUUCAUCGGUCUCGCAACAAGCUCGAUGUACUUCCUGAGUUUGCUCACUUGUGCCAAGAUUUACCCUAAGUACAAGGGGAUAGCAAUAUCGCUUCCAGUGAGCUGCUACGGGAUGUCGAGUUUGAUCUUGUCGCAGUUAAUGAAACUAGACUACUUCCACACUUUGGGCAAGUCAUUGGACUUGGUGAGAGUGUUCUCCUUCUACGUUUGGUUGUACUUGGUUGUGGGUGUGUUAAACUUUGUAGCAUGCUCCAUUGUGAGCAUCGAGAGCGAGGUGAUUUUCGGCGAUGAAAAUGACCUGUUGACCCGUGAAGACCAAAAUGGCUAUGGCUCGUUGUCCGAGGGAGUUAGUAAUGACCAUAUUGCAACUAGCGGCUCCCUCAACAAGCCACAACAGGGGGACGAGACUGAGGAAGACAGCGACACUUUCUUACCCUCAAGAGAAGUCGUUGAACCUCGAGACCAUCACGAGCGGUAUAUUGCGUUCCUCAAGGACCCUUCGGCUUGGGUUCUUCUUGUAUCGCUAGUCUUGAAUUUGGGCCCAAUGGAAUCCUUCCAGAACAAUCUUGGAUCUAUAAUCACCAAUGUGAGCGGUUAUGAUAGUCACGUUGACCUUUCCAAUCAAGUCAGUGUUUUAGCAACGUCAUCGACGUUUUCUAGAUUGCUUCUUGGAAUGCUCUCAGACUACAUUUCUUCUACAUCGAGGAAGUACCCCAUCUGUAAAGUCUGGAUCUUACUAGCCAUAAUUUUCAUUGGAGCAUUGGGCCAAUUGAUUCCCAUUUCUUCUGCUGUCUCUGGACAAAAGUUUGGGGUGAUAUCGGCGAUUAACGGAUUUUCUUAUGGGGGUCUUUUCACAAUAUACCCCACCAUCAUUGCAUCGAUAUGGGGGAUAGAUAUCAUGGGAUCUACAUGGGGUUCUUUCAUGAUUGCCCCAGCCAUUGGAUCGAUUGGAUUUUCCUUACUAUAUGGGAACCAGGUAGAUUCCAAGUGUAGAGGAGUGGAUGAAGGAAAUGAAGGGUUUUCUUCAUGUUUAUUUGAAUAUUUUGCAUUUACGUCUGGAGGUUUAGUAGUUAGUUUCAUUUUAGUGGUGAUAGUGUGGAGAGCCUUUUGGUGUAAGAGAGGGUUUACGCUAUUUUAG